CGUGGAACCGGCCCUCUGUGACAUCACCCCAGCCUGGUGGCACUGCUGGCACUGCCAGGCCUGCGGGCACCGGAGGUGACACCCGGGUUCUGCCACUGCCACCUGCGCUGGCACCGAUGGCUGUGCUGGGGCUGCUCGUGCUGCUGGCCCUGGCCUGGCCCGGGGGGGCCACCUGGGACAGCUGCAGGGGCACCUGCGGGCUCCGGCCCAUGGCAUCUGACCACAGCUCUGCUGCUGGCACGUCCCACUCUGCCAGUGCCCAGACAGGGGCCUGGCCUGGCAUCGUCAGCAUCCAGGCCACCUACGAGAAUGGCACGUGGCACAUGUGCUCAGGUGUCCUCUUCAGCUCCCAGUGGGUGCUCACGGUGGCACACUGCUUCGCCAGGGCCGGGGCCACUGCCACGUGGGAGGUGGUGAUGGGGGCCACAGAUCUGACUCAGCCGGGCCCUGAGGCUGAGGUGAGACACAUCCAGAGGCUCCUGGUGCACCAGCACUACGUGCCUUCCACGGCCAGGAACGACAUUGCCCUGCUGGAGCUGGACCAGCCCGUGGAGUGCAGUGACUACGUCCAGCUGGGCUGUGUGCCCGACGCCUCGCUCAGGGUCUCGGAGCUGAAAUCCUGCUACAUCGCCGGCUGGAACUUUGCCAGAGGCUUAGGGCUGCAGGAGGCCAAGGUCCAUCUCAUGGACACGGAGCUCUGCAACAGCAGCCGCUGGUACGCGGGGGCCGUUCACACUGACAACCUGUGCGCUGGGUACCCGCACGGAGGCAUCGACACCUGCCAGGGGGACAGCGGGAGUCCCCUCGUCUGCAAGGACAACGAAGCUGACUACUUCUGGCUCGUGGGCACGUACAGCUGGGGGAGAGGCUGUGAGAGAGCCAGGCACCCCGGGAUCUACACCUCCACCCAACAUUUCUACAACUGGGUCCUGAUCCAGACGGGCCUGAACCCAGCUGACAUACCCGGUCGAGUCCCAGAGCCGAAAUGUGCCGUGUCCCCUGAGCCAGAAGUCACCCUGACUUCUGCCGAGACCCCGACCCCAGAGCCGACCCCAGAGCCGACCCCAGAGCCGACCCCAGAGCCGACUCCAGAGACGACUCCAGAGACGACCACAGUGCCAGAGCCGACGACAGUGGCAGUGCCAGAGCCGACGACGGUGCCGAUACCGGAGCCGACGCACAUUCCAGAGCCCGAGCAACAACCAGAGCCGGUGACCAUGCCGGGGCCAGAGCUGGUGCCAGAGCUGGUGCCAGAGCUGGGGCCGGAGCUGGUGCCAGAGCUGGGACCAGAGCUGGUGCCAGAGCCGGCAUCGGAGCCAGAAAUGCCCGCUGUGCCCGUGGAGGCGCCGGUGCCAGCACCGGAACCGGAACGCGAACCGGAACCCGAGCCCGAGCGGGACAGGCGCCUGCUCAUCUCGGUGCCGUACCGCAGCCUGGUGAAAUUCUGUAACCUGCUCAAGGAUUUCUUGCAGUUUCUGCGGGACCAGGUGGGCUGACCCGGAGCACGAGCAGAGCCGGUUCUGGCUGCGCUCCCGGCCCGUUCCCGGCUGGAAUCGCCGCGCGGGGCCCGAGGCAGCCGCAGCCCGGGGCUGCUCCGUCCCUGCCGCCCCCCGCGCCCACCCCUCGCUGCAGUCCCGUUUGUUGUUGAAAUAACGCUGCUCGUGCUGCCCAG